AUGGUCAACCACCAGGGUUGUGCCACGCUGGCCGCGGCAGAGCAGAUUGCUGCCGAGUUUGAUAUCUCUGCUGAGGAUAUCCAGCGAAUAACACGCCAUUUUGUUGCUCAGCUGAAAGAUGGCCUCGUCAACCAACGUACCUGGCAGCUCCCAGCCUACGUGCGCAGCAUCCCCACCGGCACUGAAACGGGACAGUUCUUAGCAGUCGAUCUCGGGGGCAGCAACUGCAGGAUAUGCCUGGUAGAGCUGCGAGGAGAUUCGACGUUUACUAUGAUCCAAAGCAAGCACAGCGUGCCAUCCCAUGUCAUGGUCAAUGCCAGCUACCGGCCUCUAUUCGAUUUUAUCGCUCAAAACAUCGCAAAUUUUCUAGACGUGAAUCCGGGAUCCUAUUCUCUAGGCUUCACAUUUAGCUUUACAUGCGAACAGACAUCACUUGCUGGUGGCCGUCUUAUCCGAUGGGACAAGGGCUGGGAUAUCCCUGAGGCACUCGGUCGCGAUCCCUGUGUUUUGUUGCAAGACGCAAUUGACAGGAGAGGAAUGCCAGUGCAAGUAACAGUCCUUGCAAAUGAUAGCGUUGGAACCCUUUUGACCAGGUCUUAUACAUCUGGGCCGGAGACGUCGACCUUGGCAGCCAUCAUAUUCGGUACUGGAACGAAUGCCGCCUAUGUCGAGAAACUGUCCAAUGUCAAGAAACUAUCCAAUGUUAGGAGGCUGGGAACUUGGAAUGAAGGUAUUAUGGUAAUGAACACAGAAUGGGGCAGUCUAGAUGACGAGAUGAAGGUGCUGCCGCGCACAUCCUUUGACGACGAGCUGGACGAAGCAUCUAUCGAUCCAGGAUCGCAAAUGCUGGAGAAGAGGGUGUCGGGACUAUAUCUAGGAGAGCUGCUCCGGCUGGCCAUCCGAAGACUAGACCAACUGGGUGCAUUGGAUAUGACAUUCACGGAAAAGACUUGUCGCGAUAGCAUUGAUAGCUCGUUCCUCUCCAAACUAGCAGCAAGCAACACCGACAGUGCAACGCUCAUUCAGGAUACAUUGUCUGCCGAUAAUGUUAGCGAAGACGAUGCCAAAGCUAUUCAACUAGUAUCCAAAUCUAUUGCUCGACGAGCAGCACGGUUGGCAGGCGCAUCGUUGGCUGCCUUGAUCAUUCAAAGUGGUCGACUUUGCAAGCCUUCAAAAAGCCCCAGUAUUGGACGUUUCUGGCGGAGAGUUCGUCUUCUCUGGAAUAAAGUACUCACGUUUAUUGGACUGUGGCUGGGGAAACCUUUAUCUAUUCAACAGCAGAAGGCAUCACAGACCUACAGAGAGAACAUCGACAUUGCCGCUGACGGGUCACUAAUCGAAUUCUAUCCCACCUUUGAAGCCGAGAUUCGUGCUGCAAUCAGAGAGGUGCCAGAAGUCGGUCCUGCAAGUGAACAGAGAAUCCGCAUCAGCCUCGCAAAGGACGGCUCUGGAGUAGGCGCUGCGUUGAUGGCACAGGCUGCCAGUACGACUGCACCAUUGUUGAAAUGA